CAUUUUCGGAAGAAAAUUGGUGAAUUGGGAAAGAUUUUUUCAGGAGUAAACUGCAAAUUUGGGGAAUUUGGCUUAAAUAUGAAAUAAUUUCAAUGGGGAAUGGGCCCCAAAAGACCAUCAGAAAAGCCCUGGAUGGUAUAAACUUUUGUUUGUCUGGCUACUACAUAUAAAGUUAAACCAAUUUAUUUGAAACUUGGUAUACAUUAUAAUCAUGAUAUGAAAUGUUUCACUUUGUUCAUUUCACUAUCUGAUUUUGGUCUGGAUUCUUCAACCGAUUUAUUUGAAAAAACAGCAGGUUUAUUAUGAUCCAACAUGAUACAUGAUGUAUGUUGUGUUUGCCUGAACAAAAUUUUGAUGCAAUUAUUUUUGCAAACGUUUCUGCCCUUUGUUCAGUUUACUAUUUGUUUUUUGCCAAGAGAUCUACAUUUUUUGACUGAUUUUGAAACUUGAAAUGCAUUAUAGCCAUAAAAUCAAGUUGCUUUUUAUAAGUCAGAGACUUUUGAUGUUUAAUACUUGUUUUCCUCAAAAUGUUACAAAAUUGAACAUUGAAUUUGACUUUAUUGUAAUUAUAAUGUAAAUGGUGAGAUUUAUAUAAUACAUCUAUAUGCCAGGAAGCCACUCUUAAGGUGAUGCAAAUCUUAUUUUAAUGGAAGAUAGUAUAUAACGCUAUAUGGCAUGUGACUGCUGUAUAUUGUUCUGUCCCUCGGUAAGCAAGAUCGUUUAAAAUAAGAUAACGAAAAAAAUGAGCACGAGAAAAUGCAAUGAUUCAAUUUUGUAUGGGUCUGAUAUCCAUGAAUAAAAGAAGCUGCAGUGAUUCAUGGACCUGUGAAAAGUCUUGAGUGUAUCCUUUACAUUUAUCAUUUUUGGAAUAAACAGAAAAACUUAAUUGUUUCAUUUAAGGCUAGAGUUUAAGAAAGACAUAGAGGACUUGAGAUCGAGGAAUCCACAAUGGCGCUACGCUCCACUGAAACGACUCAGCCAUGACCAGAUUGAACCCAUGCCCAGUAGGCUACGACCUCGAGAAACACUCAAGAGGAAGUUCCAGCCAUUAAAGAGAGGGUCAGGAAAGAAGAGAGCCAAACGGACAAGCUCAGUAGCACAGAAAUUAUGCUUUCCUUUUCGACUUUAUCCUGAAAAAGCUGAAGGUCAGUUCCGGUAUAUGGCUGAUGAGACAGAAGAUAGCAGCAAAUCAGACACUCCUGCCAUCAAACCCACACCAACUCCAAUCCCCACCCCAGACACACACCUCCGUAUGCCAGCUGUUCGCAUCACAGAGGAAAUCACUACUCCAACACAAUACAUAUUGUACCGGGCACCUUCCUGGUGAUGCCAUGAUGGACCCUUAUCAUUGGACAGAUUAUUAGUCCUUGAUGAUUGGACGCUGCUAUGGGUCUUGAUUUAAACAUGUAUACGCCUUCUGCUGAUACAAUGGAAACUUAUCUUGGGGAUACAACAAAGGGACACUAUCAGGAUUAUUGAUAUGCAUGACACUGCACGUGUCCUGAUCCAGUAUACAGUGUACACUGUACACUAUAAAUAUAUAUAUAUAGUUCAUAGAUCAGUGAUUUUUAUUUUCAGUGUGUGCAUGUCUUGAACACAUUCGUUUUAAGCAUGAAACAUAGAAGAUUUUGAGAGUUUUUACUAAAGAAUUAUGUUGUAAUUGAUAUCACCAUUUCUGACAUUUAAUAUCUUGUUAUACUUUUGGAUUUACAUGUAUUUGUACAGUAUGAAAGUGCUUCAAUAAUGAAAGUUUAAUCACUUCUCAUUGUAUAUUAAUAUAUUUUUGAAUUUCUGAACUUGUUUUAAUAUACCAAAUAAUGGGCAAUCAAUUCUACAAUGAAUUAAAAAGAAUUCGAAUGAAUUAUUA